UUAGGAAAACGCUAUAGUCUGUCGACAUCUUCAGAAGUUCCCUUUGCGAUUUACCACUAGCCUAUUAUUGUUGUUGGAAUUGGAUUUAUACGUUUUUGCUGAUUGGCAGGCGCGAUUUCAAUCAGAAGCGCUGUUUCCUCUUAUCCCACUGAAAAGGGGAGUUUAUGAUUGCUGCAUUGUUGUGGUUGGUGCUGUUCAAGGAAGAGGGAUAUGAGGCAGCGUGAAUGCACGCGGUGGAUGCACUAACCAUCGCGCCGCUCACUGUUUUCUCAGUGGGGAUUUAACGAGACAGUCUCUGCUAUUUGACAUCAUGCAUGAUCUUUACUAAAACCACCAGAGAGGGUUAUGUUAGCAAUGGGUUUUUAAGGUUUGGACUAGUGGGAUUUACAAGAUCCGGUGGGAAAGGACGCAGGGAUUUCGGCAGAUAACUUAACAGCUUCUCCACAGAAACAGCGAACGUUUUGUUGCACUUGCAUUUGAUUGAACUGCUCCCGAAACAUAUCCUAUCACGAAAUACAUUCAGUCGUUGUCGUGGUUUUGAUGGGAGUUGUUUUUGCAGUGGAGACACCAACUUGAGCUGCGGGAACAGUUCCUUAAGUAGAGGUAGGCCUAUUGGAAUAUAUGCGCUAGGCGCGUAAAUGUAGGACUCUAUUGGACGUGUGUUUGAGUUAUCACAUGGGCAAUUUGAAUGGAAACUGAGCGCGAAAAAACAGCCUUCGUUGGGAGAUGUUGAGGAUAAUGUACUGGUAGCCUGAACGGUGUUAUUUUGUUGGGGGCUCUGUGACGCAAUAUUUCAUACGGCUUGGAUGAGGAAUAUUGGCAUACACGCGUAGAAGGGCGUGAACUCACAGACACGCUGAGCCUACCCACCGUACUUCCCUGGUUUUAAUAGCAGCCCCUCCUCAACCACCACUUUAUACUCCUUUCCUUCACUCGGCGGAGAUAUAGCCUCGUCAUGGAUCUCAAAGCGGAAUCCGAAGAGAUGGUGGACUCUUUCAAACAGCCUGCGCCUAUUGAAGUUUUUGCCAGCAGGUCGACUCUCCAUGGCAUCUCCCACAUGUUCAGCUAUGAACGGAUCUGCAUCAAGCGGUGCCUAUGGAUGCUGUUCUUCCUGGGUUCUCUCGGGGUUCUAGUGGUGGCGUGCCUGGACAGGGUCCAGUACUACUUACAGUACCCCCAUAUUACUAAACUGGACGAGAUAUCGGCUCAGCUAAUGGUCUUCCCUGCAGUCACAUUCUGCAACCUGAACUCGUUUCGUUUUGACCGGGUGACGCGCAACGAUCUGUACCACGCUGGAGAGCUCCUUGCAUUACUCAAUGGAAGGUACGAGAUCAGGGACACUCAUCUGGUGGAGGAGAGCGUUCUGGAGACCCUGAAGAUCAAAGCUGACUUCCUCAACUUCAAGCCCCGCCCCUUUAACAUGCGAGAGUUCUACGACCGGUCGGGCCACGACAUCAAGGACAUGCUGUUGUCCUGUUACUACCGCGGUGUGGAGUGCAGAGCUGAGGACUUCACAGUGAUCUUUACACGCUAUGGGAAGUGCUACACAUUCAACUCUGGCCAAGACAACCGCCCCCUGCUGGUCACCAUGAAGGGGGGGAUGGGCAACGGACUGGAGCUGAUGUUGGAUAUACAGCAAGACGAAUACCUGCCGGUCUGGGGAGAAACAGAUGAGACGUCAUUCGAGGCGGGGAUCAAAGUCCAGAUCCACACACAGGAUGAGCCACCCUUCAUUGACCAGCUGGGCUUUGGAGUGGCCCCGGGGUUCCAGACCUUCGUCUCCUGCCAAGAACAACGGCUGACAUACCUCCCACCCCCAUGGGGCGACUGUAAGAACACUCCCAUGGACUCUGACUUCUUCGGCUCCUACAGCAUCACGGCCUGCCGCAUCGACUGCGAGACGCGCUACCUGGUGGAGAACUGCAACUGCCGCAUGGUGCACAUGCCUGGAGAUGCGCCCUACUGCACCCCAGAGCAGUAUAAGGAGUGUGCCGACCCUGCUUUGGACUUCCUGGUGGAGAGAGACAAUGACUAUUGUGUAUGCCAGACGCCAUGCAACAUGACACGAUUCGGGAAGGAGUUGUCCUUUGUCAAGAUCCCAAGUAAAGCCUCAGCCAAGUACCUUGCCAAGAAGUACAACAAGACCGAGCAAUACAUCGCUGAUAACAUCCUGGUCCUGGAUAUCUUUUUUGAAGCGCUGAACUACGAGACCAUUGAGCAGACGAAAGCCUACGAGUUCGCUGGUUUGCUGGGUGAUAUUGGUGGUCAGAUGGGUCUCUUCAUAGGGGCCAGUAUUCUCACCAUCCUGGAACUAUUUGACUAUCUGUAUGAGGUGUUGAAGUACAAGCUGUGCCGGUGCUCAAAGAAGAAACACAAGCGCAGCAACAACAAUGACCGGGGGGCCGUCCUGAGUCUGGACGACGUCAAACGCCAUGCGUCCUGUGAGAAUCUGCGGCCGCCGGGUGCGUACCCUGCCAACAUGCUACCUCACCAUCCAGCACAGGGCAACUUCGAGGACUUCACAUGCUGAGCAAACCAGUAGGGAUCAGGAAGUACCUGAGCCAUUCCCGAGUAAGGAGAAGGAACCUGGCAGUGUGCAACCAAAGUAAUCCAUACAAACAGAAUACCUGCGAGGAGAUGUGUAAAUGGACUGAAAUAAAAACAGACUCUCAAACCUUUCUUACUAUCUGAGGGAGGGGGGUGCUUCAAAAUCAAAACAAUAUCAGAAGAAAUGAACAAAUGAUGAACAAAAAGAAUUCCAAACAUAAAUAUGUGUAAUGAGUUCUGGAACAUUUACAGGAAUUUGGAAUUAUAAAAGUUAAAUUCUGAAUGUUCUAUCUCUGUGUUUGGAAUAAAGCCACAAAAACUAAGACUCUACCCUACUUCAAGAAAAUUGACUUUGACAGAUGAGGAAAAUGUAACUAACUGCUAUACCAACACAAUAACUGUACCACAUCUACCAAGCCCCAUGCCUUUACAUCGAUGACACCCGGCUGUCAACCACUGAUGGCUGGCCUAUUGGUUAAGGGUGGGGUUUGGAUCUAUUCCAUUUCAAUUUAGGCCAUUCACAGUCGAAUGAAAUGGAGUUCAGCCCAACCCUGGUCAGUACAGAAAGGUAGCGCUUCACUCAACCUCACUGUACAUGUAGCAACGUUCUGAACUGCCUCCACCAGGCCACAGCGAAAGUGACUUUUCCCUUGAGAAUGUAUCUAUCUACACAAUGAGGAAGACCAACAUAGUGACAGGUGACGAAGGCAUUUAGAGGCAAACGGAAGAGAGAUCUACCAUUUAGUUAAAUUGUGCCGUGACGUUUUCAGGGCUCAUCUUGUAAAUGCAUGCUUGUAUAUUGUCAUAUGCAUGUAUUGGGGUUUUGUUAUUCUAAUAUUUUGUUUUUAUUAUCAUUGCCAAGUUUGCAUCGAUGAUAUGCAGGUAUAGAUGAUGCCCCCAACUUUUAAUAUGUGUGUGUAUGUGUGUGUGUGUGUUUGGAAUCCGCGCUCAUGUGUAAUACAUGUAACAUGUUUUUUGGUGACCAGCCUGGUUAAAUCCACCUGCUGGUCUUUGCCCAUUCCAACAGCAGGCCUUUGUUUCAUUCAACCAUGUGGAAUGUGUGGAUACUAUCAUCCAAUUGCAAAUCACUGUGCAGUCUGAGAGGAUUUGAGUGAAUAAUAUCAGAACUGUAUUGUUGUCCUUCCAUCUAGCCUACAGACAGGCAUGGAGAAAUGUUUGCCAAAAUUGCUAAUCCCUGUUCAAUCCAAUAUUUCAGCUUUGCUGCCCCGAGUUUGAUUGGAAAGUAUGUGUUUGGAGAUGAUGGCGUUUUUGUUUUUACUCUGCUAUUCAUUUAUCCACACGCUUGACUAACAGGGUGUUUUGGGAAUUUUCAAGAAAUCAGUUAGUUUUGUUAGUUUCUUCUUGAAAUUUUCAGUAUCAGUGUUCUAGUCGCAAAUAUAGCCUAUCAUAUCAAAGCACAAUGCCCCAUGUAGAGGCAAUGUAAAUUAAAAAGUAUAUGAAUUAAUAUAGAUAUUAUCAUAUUGUCAAUGUCAUUAUUAUUAUUAUUAUUAUUACUGUUUUCAAUUUGCCUUUAUGGUUUAAUUUCUUUACUACAUGAUGGGGACGCAAAAUUGCUUAAACCUGUCCAGAAUUCACUCGGUUUUGUCUGAAUCACCUUAAGGAGAUUCAAAGAAACAGGAAGGAAUCUUCCGGCUGGGAAUCCUCUGAACUAAAUGUUUAUGAAAACCUAUGAAUUUGGGGGAAAGAAACAGAAAUUUUGCAACCUACAGAGCCAUUCAUACAUAUUGGCUGAUAGUCCAGUCUCCUUCUGACCAGGUAACAGGCUGUUCUGUUUAUAAUACAAAGCAUCAAAUAAUAAAAUGUAAAUAUAAUUUUGAA